GUAAAGUUACAAGAAUGUUUUAUUCGCAUAGAGUUCGGGACUUUAGUGUAGAUGUGAACCGCAACGAGUUUCCAUCAUGUCUUUUACAGUACCACCUGAAACUUAAUCCAGCGUAAAAUUUUGUAAUCAACGUGCUAGACAUGGCUCUGUCCUCAAAACAGUGUUUACUUUUACUGAUUGUGUUGUGGCAGACUUCUAAUUUAGCAUCCACCUGUAGUGAAUUAUGUGUCUGCAACAAUGAUUUAAAUAUGUGCCAAUUAUGCACCUACAAUGUAACGCUCAAAGGGAACGUAAAUGUAAGUUUUGAGACUAGCUGCUGCAAUGAAAACGAAAAAGCACCUUCUUGGAGUAAGAAAUAUGAAAAUGUAACUUUUGCCGAGGUUAAAAUAAAGUACGGCAAGGUUUGUAAUAAAAGCGCCAUCAAUUUAGAUUUACCGUUGCUUAAUACAGUAUAUCUUUCAAUUACUAAUAACAACAUCAGCAAAAUAAGUCUCGAUAUAAAAUCUCAAAACUUACGACAAAUUGACCUGUCUGGAAACAAAUUGCGUUAUGUAACAAAAGGUCUAUUUAGCAACUUUUCUAAUUUACGCAAACUUAUUUUGAGUAGAAACGAAAUUAUUAACAUAUUUGAAGAAAGUUUUAAUGGGUUAUCGAAACUGGAGUCCUUGGAUUUAUCGGAAAACAAAUUGACUAUCUUAUCAAAUGUAUUUACGCCAUUGAAAAACCUGCAACAUCUCAACUUGAGUAGAAAUAACAUAGAAUUUAUUCACGAGAAUUAUUUCAAUAAUUGGUUGUUACAACAUUUAGACGUAUCGCACAACAACUUAAAAAAAUUAGCUCCAGGAGCAUUACAAUUAUUGCCAAAUUUGGCCAGAUUAUUAUUGACUGAUAACCCGCAUCUGGGAAUUACACAAAUAGAUACACAACUCCUCGUGGGUACGGGCAGGAGGCUGCAACAAAUCGAUGCAUCGAGGACCGGCUUAUAUCAAGUUCCUGAAGCUUUUACGCAUUCAGUCAGAUUUCUUUCUUUAGUUGGUAAUAGAAUUUCCGCAGUCAGAUGUGGUGAUUUAGACAGCUACCCAUUGCUGCAAUCCUUAGAUUUUUCAGAUAACAAGAUUGUUCUAGUUGAAGAUGACUCAUUAGGGAGAUUGGAAAUGCUUCUAUUUUUGAAUUUGAAUAAAAAUCUCCUAACUAGUGUUCCGAGGUCUUUGCCAGACGAACUGAAAUACUUGUCAAUAAAUAACAACUUGGUAAAAAACUUGACGGUACCAGAUUUCAAAAAUUUACCAAAUUUGAGAAUAUUGUUGCUACAAAAUAAUAAUAUUCGUUAUAUACAAGAUCACGUAUUUGAUGACCUACUAUCUCUGGAAAUGUUAGAUCUGUCAAAUAAUCCUGUACAAGCGCUUUCGUCGAGCACAUUUGACGGACCAUUGUCUCUCCGAGAUUUACGGCUAUGCUAUCUGAAUUUGUCUGUGCCAGAACAAGACGGUGCGUUCCCGAUGUCGUCGCCAGAAAGUAUACAAAUGCUUCAUCUCCAGUCGAGCCCGGGCCUGGCAAGGCAAUUGCUUGCAGACUCCGCCGCGCUCGCUGCCUUUUCACAUUUGCAAUACUUGGAUUUGAGAAUGAAUAACCUCACUGAAGUCAGAAACGACUUGCUAUUCUACUUAGUUCAGUUAAAGACACUAAGGUUACAUGGAAAUAGUAUCAAUUGUAGCGCUGAAUUGUGGCUUAAGGAUUGGAUGAGUUGGAACAAAAGUUUGUCUGACGAAGAAACUUGUUAUUAUUCUACCUCAGAAGCUAAAGCAGAAAUAACGAAAUAUAAUUGUACAUUUCCGGAAACAUUUACUAUAAGCGAGAGUCUGCCUCCGGUAAACCUGUACAGUACGGAGAUGAUAAAUAAGUUAUUAAGGUACUACGGGUACCUAAAUAAUAAAACAGAGCGGUCUUCUAAACGAGAAAAAUAUCAUUUUGGAGAUAAAAGCAAAACAGCGGAGAUCAAAAGACAUAAUGGAAAAUUAAAAUCUUUAGAUUAUCAUGACACCUUGCUGUCCUCUACUCACUCAGCAACACCAUCUAUUAAUAGUGAAAAUAAAAUAACAAACGAUUAUUUGAACGAGACAUUGGUAGUUAAAGCAAGAGAAACAACUAAAGUUUUGGAUCAAAAUAAACUGCAAAACGAUCAUUACAACGUUGAACACAAGUUUUUAGAUAUCGUUCCAUAUAUUGCACGUAAUUCUAAAAUUAGUGUUACUGAUGAGGUUGAUAUUCAAACGAGGAAUCGAUCUGGAAUUCGACUGAAUACGCCAACCAACGUAACUAAUAAAAUGGCCAAAGAAUUGAAAACAAUCUCGUUACAGAAGAAAUUGUCAACAAUAUUAAUGACUGAGACUGAAAACGUAACAACUGUUGAGACAAAUACCAGUGAUAAAACAGAAUAUUCUCCGUAUAAAUUAUCUCAUUCAAGCUAUACACAAUAUAUAGGGACAGUUGCAAUAUGUGGUUUGAUUCUAUUGUCUUUGGUACUGUGGGUCAGUUUUAGAUUGAGAUAUAGAAGAAGACGACCACCAGUUGUCGACACAGAGGUCGAAGAUCAAAUAGAAGUGUCAAAUAUUUCUGGAGGAGUACUAUGGUGACACUUGCGGGCAGCCGACCCUACGCCCUUCGAAUACGAUUCUUUAUUGACGUAACACUAAUUUCGGAGCGGUCGGUUGCAGCCAGUGUAAGGUGUUUUGUGAUAAAGUGAUUGUGCAUAUUUUUUUAUUGAAAUAAGUACAAAUAGAGUACAGUUGGUUAGCUGGACAGCGAUGUGGCUAUGCUAUGUUUGUAUUUAAAGUGUACAUAUAUUAAUUGUCUUUGAAAUUACAAAUAUACAAUAGAAUUAUUUUUUAUGUCAAGUAGUGGCAAUGUGAUCAUUCGUUUCAAAAUGUAGAAGUGGUAAGAAUAUUCUAAGAAAAUCUUAGCUGUUGUCAAUAUUCGAUGCAUUGAAAGCAGUGAUGGAUUUCACACUACUAACGCACUUAUCUAUUAAAUAAAUUUUCUGUGCAAAUAUGAUAUUAAAAAUUCAAAUUCGAAAGCACUAUAAUUUUGUUUAUAGUCUUAUUCUCUUUACAUACCUAUAACAAUCAAUCGGUAAAUGGGGCGGUAUGCGGACUUCUACAUCGUGUGUGUCGUUCGCGUCUUACUGAAAUACAAACAAAACAGUUUCUAACAAGUAACUUCUGUUCUGUUGAUCCAGCGCUGCUUUGAACGAAUCUAAUAUACCUCGUUUCAUUGAGUAUUGUCACCAGCCGAAGCUUCAAAGUCUGGGUACGCGUUAGAUGUUUUUUCCGCCAAAAGUAUUGCACUAUAUGCUGGAUUUCUUUCAAAACAUAUCGAGGUUAAUUCAACUCAGAUUUUUUGCAUAUUUUUUCAUAUAACUUCAAUAUGUUUAGCUCAUAGAGCUGUAACCAUAAUACCGAGUUACUGGCAACCUCUGGGCUAAAAAGAUAACUAUACUUUGUAACCCAUUCGAAAUGAGAGCGACAGAGACAGAUGUAUUAUUUUCAUAAUAAUUAAACUCUGUCAUAGAACUCAAGUUAUAUUUUCCAAUUAAAAUCAUAGACGACAACGUUUGUUCUACAUGUUUUGUUUUUACUCUUCGAUUAUACUGAAUUACCUACCUAAUAUCAGCUGAUAUCGAAUCGUCUUAUGAGGUUGUCGGUGAUUUACAAGCAACAAA